GCUAUAAAGGUCUGCAGACUGGUCCACUGCUCUACAUCUCCACGUUACUGAUAAGCAGAGAGAAGCCGUGCACCGCUGGAACACACCCUGUGUUUGUUUGCAAGAAUGAAAAUCGCAAACGUUGACAUCACUAUGAAAACUUAUCAAGACACUUGCAGCUGUUCACAAGCUCAGACAGAAUGUGGCUGACAAAUGCUGUAGCCUUUCUCCUCCUGGCUCUCGCCACCUCUGCUGAGGAGCCCAAGCUCAGCAGCCAUGCCACCACACUGGCAGACAACAGCGCCAACCUGGCCUUCAACCUGUACCACAACAUGGCCAAGGAGAAGAACCUGGAGAACAUCCUCAUCUCCCCUGUGGUGGUGGCCUCCUCUCUGGGCAUGGUGGCCCUCGGAGGGAAGUCCAACACCGCCUCUCAGGUGAAGAGCGUGCUGAGCGCCGACCAGCUGAAGGACGAGCACCUCCACAGUGGCCUCUCUGAGCUGCUGUCUGAGGUGAGUGACCCUGCGAAGCGCAACGUCACCUGGAAGAUCAGCAACAGGCUGUACGGCCCCAGCUCUGUCACGUUCGCCGACGACUAUGUGAAGAUGAGCAAGAAGCACUACAACCUCGACCACUCCAAAAUCAACUUCCGCGACAAGCGCAGUGCUGUCAAUGCCAUCAAUGAGUGGGCCUCCAAGUCCACUGGCGGCAAACUGCCCGAGGUCACAAAAGAUGUGCAGAACACAGAUGGAGCCAUGCUCAUCAAUGCCAUGUUCUUCAAGCCUCAUUGGAAUGAGAAGUUCCAUCACAAGAUGGUCGACGACCGUGUCUUUUUGGUGACCCGCUCAUAUACCGUGUCUGUUCCCAUGAUGCACCGCACAGGCCUGUAUGACUUCCACGAGGACACAGAGAACAGGCUGUUUGUGCUGAGCAUGCCACUGGCCCAUAAGAAGUCCACCAUGGUCUUCAUCAUGCCCUACCACGUGGAGCCUCUGGAUAGGAUUGAGAAGCUGCUGACCCGCAAGCAGCUGGACACCUGGAUGAGCAAGAUGGAGGAGAAGGCAAUUGCCAUCUCUCUGCCCAAAGUCAACAUAGAGGUCAGCCACAACCUUCAGAAACAUCUUGGUGAACUGGGCUUGACCGAGGCUGUGGACAAGAGCAAAGCUGACCUGUCCAACAUCUCUGGAAAGAAAGACCUCUACCUCUCCAAUGUCUUCCAUGCUUCCUCUCUGGAGUGGGACACAGAGGGCAACCCUUUCGACCCCAGCAUCUUUGGGAAUGAGAAGCUCAGGAAUCCCAAGCUGUUCUAUGCCGACCAUCCCUUCAUCUUCCUGGUGAAGGACAACAAGACCAACUCCAUCCUCUUCAUUGGUCGUCUGGUGAAGCCCAAGGGAGAUAAAUUGCGUGAUGAAUUAUGAUGAAAUGUAAACACUGUUCUAGAUAUUUUUGUGGUUAUGUGAGUGAAAACUUUUGAGUGUAUUUUAUCAGGUAUGUCUUUACCUCAAGAGCUCAUUCCAGUUAAUGAUUCUGUGGACAGUCAAUCUUAGCCUUUUGAUCUGUGAAUGCAUUGUGAUCAAGUCUCCUGUGUGUGUGUAAAUCAACCCUUGAAUGAAAGGUUCAUUGUUUUCACUAUUUUCAUCUAAUGUUCAGCUCAUAUCCUUUGUCUGAGUCAAACCAAUGACAGACAGUAUGCUUAUAUUAAGUAUGAUCUCUUCUGCCCUCAGUGAGAUUCCACAGCAGCAGCUUAUUGUGUAGAGUCCUCUCUUGCCUGAAUUCUCUGAAUUUUGCUGAAGUUUUCUGAAUUCUCCUUCUUUCAAUAAGUUUGUGCCAUCUAUGUGUGCCUCCUUACAUUAUCUUUAAUGUUUAAAGACAAAGAUUUUAGCACAUUUGCAAACUAAGGUCCACACUCCAGUUUUUGACCUCCACUCCUUCUCCAAACAAACACAUUCCUGCAUGUUCUCUGUUGUCUGGCUGCCUGCACUGAUUAUGUCCUGCUUCCUCUGCACUAGAAACAACAUAAAGGUUAAAUGCUCCACAGUCACAGGGGGCUGUUACUGAAUACCAUGAGAACACUAUGAUUGGAAUGAUGCAACUAUGCAAGUUUGUAUGACAUUUUUACAAUAAACAUUUUUGAAAAUAAAAA